CCCGUAAAUUAAAGUUUAGUGAUUAUCAUUUUCCCCCAAAUACAUUUUUUCUUAACAAACAAAUUGUUUAUCGAAAUUGCGGACCAGACAGCCCAUGGGGUUGACCAAAUAAGUUAGUUUUGGUCAAAAUUGGGCAAUUUUGUCGCGAAAAUGCGCGAGAAUUUGUGAAAAUCAUACCGAUCACAUAUGAAGAGGAAGAGGGCAACUAAGAAAAUGGAAGACUUUUCCAACGUUCUGGUCAACACUGGCGAAUUCAUACCAGGACGACUUUAUUUCGUCACACUUAACACUAACGUGGCCCCGAAAUCCACCUCAACCGUUCACUAUUUCGCCGUGGACACGGAGAAGUGCUACGACAGCUUCUACAAUGACUUUGGCCCCCUAAACCUAGCGAUUCUGUUUCACUACUGCGGGAAAUUGGACCGGAAACUGUCGAAUGGCACUCUCCAGAAUAAGAAAAUCGUUCACUACACGGGCCUUGAUGAGCAAAACCGCGUCAACGCCGCGUUUCUCAUAGGGGCCUAUGCUGUUAUUAAGCUGGAUUACGACCCAGAACAGGCCUACAAGGUGCUCACAAGGGGGGCCCAACAAAGCUAUAUCGAAUUCAGAGACGCCUCGAUUGGAGAGCCCUACACCCUCUCCCUGCUUGACUGCCUCAAGGCCGUCAAAAAGGCCCUCGACUGCGGCUUCUUCGACUUUGAGAACUUCGAUUUUUUCGAAUAUGAACACUACGAGAGGGUGGAAAACGGCGAUUUGAACUGGAUCGUUCCGGAGAAGUUCAUCGCGUUCUGUGGGCCCCACCACAAGUCGAUCAUUGACAAGGGAUACCCCAUCCAUUCCCCCGAGACAUACUUCGCGUAUUUCCGCAGACACAACGUCACAACCGUCAUACGCCUAAACAAAAAGGCUUACGAUUCGAAUCGCUUCGUGCAGGCGGGUUUUGACCACAAAGACUUGUUUUUUAUAGACGGGGGAAUCCCCAAUGACCGAAUUUUGAAUAAAUUUAUUUCGAUUUGUGAGAACGCAAAAGGUGUGAUAGCCGUUCAUUGCAAAGCGGGACUUGGACGCACUGGAACGUUAAUUGCGUGUUAUAUUAUGAAGCAUUACAAAUUCACGGCGCAAGAGGCCAUCGCCUGGAUCAGGAUUUGUCGGCCUGGGUCCAUAAUAGCCCACCAGCAAACUUGGUUGCUAGAAAAACAGGAACAAUUGUGGGCUGCGGGCGACGAAUACCGACAACAAAUGAAAAUGACGCGGCCUAUAAAACACGAGGUGGGGAUUUACGGCCUACGCUCGAUAAAUAACAACAAAACCAAGUCGAAUGAUAACGUGACGGGGAUCAUGAAAAAGGUUGAUUCCAUGGAAAUCAGCGAUGAUAAAGACUUUGAGUCUGAAGAAAAUAAAAUAACGCAAGGGGACCGACUGAACGAAAUCAAGGCGCAAAGGGCCAAAGGCAAGCCGCCCCUUCUAUCAAAUUUGACCGAACGUAAAGCGUUCCGCUCAAAAGUAAUCGUAAACACUCCAACCACAUCUCCCGUCCGAGUGGGGAGAAUAAUGACAAACACAAGCAAGAGCACAACUUCGACUACUAGAGUUCUAACAAAAAGAAACGAGUUGAACGAAAGUCAGUCGUCGCGUCGUUGCAGCCAACGAAAAGUCAACGCUUCGCUUAUAACCCUCGGAAAAAAUAAAGUACCGGAGGCGAAAUCGUUGCCGAAGAAAAAAGAAAAUUUAAGUUGGUUGAUUAAAAAUGGCGCACAUGAAACUAACGUUGCUAAGUGCAGUUCUGAUAAUAAAGUUGAAAAUACGGUAAAACGCUGUAAAAGAACGCUUGCCUUGGAGAAAGAUAAAGCAAGUCCACGUUCGGUUAAAGUGUUGCGGAGGUCGCAUGGACAGACGUCGAAAGACACUAAAAAGUCGGAUGGGAAAUUACAUUUGCCAUCGGUCAAAAUCAAUAAAACGAUUUAACUUUUUCGUUUGUGUACAUAACAUUAAACUGUUGAAAGUUCAAAGUUUAAUUGUAAACACUUUGUUUCUAAAUAUUCACACAAACACUCAGUGUUAGUACUUAAAAUGCUAUAAGUGUGGCUAGACUAGUAAUGCCAGUAUUAUUUUUUGUACAAGGUUUUACGAAAUUCUCAGCUUUAAUCUCUUCAAACCUGGACUGAGUGUUUCUUUUGUUUACAAAAACUGUACAUAGAUGUUGAAAUACUUUAAAUAAAUGUCUAUUUUAAGUUAAAUUUUGGACUGUUAAUAAAUAUAAAUAUUGUUUAUAAUUAGCAGUACACGUUUUUAUAUAACUCACUAAACUAUUCGUUUCGUUAUUAAUACGUUUCUUUAUUAUAGAAACCAACACGAAUGUAUGCUUUAAUUGCCAUGUUAGUGUCUAGGUUUUCACUGUUACAAUUUCAACUUUUUUUUGUAAUGAAAUUGUAAAUUCAUCUUUGUAAUCAUUGUUCAGUAUUUUUUGAAUCAGUUUUGUCAAUAAAUGUUUCAUUGCCA